AUGAAAUUUUUAGAUUCACGAUUGACCAUUUGUAGUUCAUUCCGAAACGAUGACCUGGUUGGACUUCCUAGCCAGGUUGCGAGCCCGUUUCAAGUCCCGCAUCGCCGCCUACUGGGCCGACAACGACGUCAACUGUACGGAUGUCUUUUUCGGCGUGGACUACUUGAUGCUCGCUGGUGGAUUGCACCUUAACUCGAGGAGUCCAAAACGUCGCCGCUGGUGGAACCUGUACCGUGUUAUGAUUGUGCUGACCUUGCUCCUGUUGGGUUGCAAGUUGGCCCACAAUGUUUGCGCGGGGAAAAAGCUGGACGUGAUUCUGCAAAGUGUCCAGAUUGUGCUGGGCACGGGCGUGACCUUCGCUAGAGCGUUGUUUAUGGUGCGGAAUUAUGACCGGAUUAUGGCCGUUCGACGUUACGUCAACAGGCGGAACUUUGGACGGAACAUGGAAUCGAGUUGGGGGAUACGUGCCGCUGGAUUUAACAAUAUCCGACGGGCUGUGACCUCGUUUUCGUUGUUACAGUUUUGUGCCAUCUGUCCGCUUCCGAUGAUGGACCUGACUCGGAAUGACUCCUUUGGGUUGCCGUUUGAUCUGCGCGAGUUCAGCGGACUUUUGCACACUUUGGCGGAGAAGUUCUACUGCGUUAUGGUGGCGGGACUAACGUGUAACGGGUUGGUGACGAAUGCAACGGUGUACAUGAUUCUGAAGGGACUGCUUACCGAGUUGACCGUUGUGGCGGAGUGCUUCGAGGGAGUCAUGGAUCGAGCUGUGAGCCGCUCACUGACCAGGUUGGACUCCGGCGCUGGACCAUGGCAAACUCGACGCCAUAUCAGGCAGCGUUACUUCUGGUAUUAUCUGGAAGAAGAGUUCCGAGAUUGCGUCCGGCUACACCAACAAAUGCUGAACACGCUCAAGGUUGCUAAACCCUUGCUGAACGCCUUAUUCCUAAUCACGUACUAUUCGACCACGCUUAACAUUGCCUUCGGAACGGUCUACCUGCUGUCGAUGGAACUGUCCCAAAUGAACGUCUACUCGUGUCAGGUCUUCUACUACGUCGGGAUACUCAUGCUGGAGUGCUGGAUUAUGACGCAUCUGGUGACCAAGAUGUCCGAUGUGAACGAAUCCAUCGGCGACAACGUGUACGCCCUGAACUGGCCGGAGCAGCUGGAGCACGAGCCGGCCUUUGCCCAUCGCUACCGUGCCACGCUGGACACGAUAACCACGGUGGUCAUCCGAGCCCGGCAACCGCUGGGGCUGAACUGUUUUGGCUUUUUCGAGUUCACCCUGGAGCGGUUCGCCAAGCUGGUCGACCUGGCGUACUCGCUGGUGACGUUUUUCAGGAACUUUGUUUGAAAACGGGAGCGAAAUAUUGACAGUCAUCAAAUUACAUGAUUUUAAAAUGUUUUGAAGUUAAAUGUGCCUGAAUAAAUUUAACGCUUUUGAUGUGAAC